CUCCUACACUAAAUGUGUUACUCUGGAGUGAGUAAGUUAUGGUGGACGAAAUCGGACGGGUAAUGUUGUCCUAAUGUUUUGUGUGAAUUUUGAGGAGGGAAAGCUAACGACUUCCCGAUGAGACCAUGUCUCGUUUUUCGCGGUUAAUUCCAAGAUUUUUGAGAAGUGACAAGUCCAAAACUUCGAUCACCAGGGACAGUGGGUUUUUGGAUAGGCCCAAGGAUGGACCUGUCUGUCGAAUUCUCUUUUUGGACGACACAGAUCUACAUCUUUCAUUCAAGGGAAAUUCCAAAGCCUCCCACUUGCUGGACAAAGUAUUUGAACACUUGAAUCUGUUGGAGAGAGACUAUUUUGGCCUCAGAUUUCUAGACCAGUCUGACCAGACGCAUUGGUUGGACCCACAGAAGGCACUUUCCUCACAGUUAAAGUCAUGCAGUCAACCCUACACUUUCUAUUUUGGUGUCAAAUUUUAUCCUCCAGACCCGUGUAAACUAAAGGAGGAAAUUACCAGAUAUCAGUUCUUCCUACAAAUAAAAAGAGAUAUUCUUCAAGGGAGGCUACCCAUAACCUUUGAUGAAGCUGCAGAAUUAUUUGCCUUUGCUGUGCAAGCUGAACUAGGUGACUUUGACCCCAGAACCUGUUAUGAAGGGUAUGUUUCCGAAUUCCGUUUUGUCCCAAAUCAAACUCAAGAACUGGAGGAGCGCAUUGCCAGAUUUCAUCAACAUCUUAGUGGGCUGAGUGCAAGUCAGGCAGAGUACAAAUUCCUAGACAAAGUCAAAUGGCUGGAUAUGUAUGGAGUAGACCUACACUCUGUGCUGGGUGAAGGUAACACAGAGUACUUCCUGGGACUAACACCAACAGGAAUUGUUGUUUAUAAGAACAAGUCAAAAGUCGGAAAUUACUUCUGGCCAAGAAUAACAAAGGUCACUUUCAAAGGAAAAAUUUUCAUCAUAAAAGUCAGAGACAAAAAUAAUGAUGAGCAUACCUAUGCCUUUGAUGUGGCUACAAAGACAAGAACUAAACACCUGUGGAAGUGCUGUGUCGAGCAUCACACAUUUUUCAGAAUUAACCAGCUAGCAGAUACAUUAGCUCUUUCCUCCAAACACUCUAGACAAGCUGGAACCAGAAGGAGUGGUAGAAAUGAUAGACAGAAUAAUAAUGAUAUCAGACAGCAGCCAUUGGUUACUAGGAUACCAAGCAGACGGCAACCAACCAGAAGCAAGUCAGACUCAAAACUAAACGGAGGAAAGGCGGGCUCCUAUUAUAGUGUCAUCAAUGAUGCAGCAGUCACCAGAGUUGUGGCCCCUGAACCAGUCAGAGGAUCUCGUCACAGAAGUUUGCCAGAUCUACAGAGGAAUCAGUCACCUAGAAGUACGAGAAGUGCACCCUGGGAAAAGGAUGGGGAUACUGGGCUGUACACCUCAGGACGUGAGUCCCCAGUGUCACUACACAGUGACGUACAGAAGUUCCCCAGGAGAGUGGGUCAAACCAGUGAUACAGAAAGUGGCCAUAGACGCAAAUACUUUCCCAAAAACAAAGGUUCUGACAAUGAAAGUGAUGUGUCUUUUUCAAGAAGAAGGAGGAGGGAUGGUGAUAGUGGUAGCGAGUCUGAUGUAUCCCCCAUGAGGAACCGCCGUCCCAAGAGUUCCGUGGAGCCAUGGUACGAGAACCAAUGGAAUGAAGCCAUGCAGGGAAUAUUCCCAGCUAAUGCUGAAAGCUAUAUGAAUGGUUCUGUUCCAUCCAUUCAUUCUGCUCCAGCUGGGGAGGUCAAGCGGCGGAGGAGACGAAGAACAAAAUCCCCCGGGACGGCAAAACGUCCCCCAGAGGAACUCAAACAGCACAUUGUAUAUGACUUGGUCGACACUGAAGGCAUGGCACCUGAAGAUCUCCAAGAUAUUCCAUAUCUCAGAGUCGAAACAAAAGCAGAGCCCUUUAAACCCAAGUUUUCAUCCCAUGCACGUCAACGAUUUAGGUCUCCAAAAAGGAGAGGAUUUGGAGACCAAGAUUCUGGUCAACCACAGCUACCUCAGUCUGGGGAUCCACCCCCUCCCUACACCCCCUCGGAACCCUCCCGCAGAACACCGGAGCUGGGCUACCGGAACUACAUGAGUGACACCAAUGCAUAUCACAAUAGGAGUGAUAUGGAAACACAAAGCAAUAAGUCUGGAUCCACCUACAGAUCUUCUCAUCACCCAGGUUCUACUAAAUACAGGCCGCAGAGAAUAUUUUUUUAUGGUGACUCAGCAUCGGUCGCAUCGUAUGACACAUCUCGUAGCUGGGACACGACACGUAGCUUUGAUAAAUUCUAUCAGAACCAGACAAACACAAACAGAGAGGGUACAUCUGAGCAGAGUUUUGGUCACAGGAUGGACAGUAUUAGGAGCCAACCCCAUAGUUCAAACACUUCAACAGCCCAGUACAGGUUGCAGAGCAUCAAACAAGAAAAUACUAGCACAAAUCAGUCGGACGAUACUAUUGGUCCUAAUUCUGAAAGUGUGUCAGACGACACACUGGAAGCCAUUGAUCACAUGACCCAAUCAAAUGUUGCCAAGGAAACUGAGGUUGAGGACAGACAACCCCGGCCUGGAUCUUCUGGACAGAGGUACAAUGGCUCAAGUGGAUACACAUCAGAUAUAGCUCCAGCCAAGCCAAGAACCAGCGGAUACAUGUCAGAUGUGGUACCCAGUCAUUCCCAGAAUUACCGUUCAAACAAUCCCAAUGCUUAUAAACCACCACCCGGAAACACAAAAAUGAACAACAGUCCAAUGAGUGACAUUUCCAAAGUGUCGGAGAGAUACAGGAGUCCUGUAAGUGGGAAUCAGUCCCGGACUACUCCAAACUCCAGACAGGAGAAUUCGCAGUAUAGCAGGAGGCAUAAUAAUGAAAAUCCUUCGCAGUCUGAUUAUGUUUCUGAUGCGGAAUCAUCUCGUCGACAUCGAACACCAGAAUCACCACGUCGCCACCAGACCCCGGAAUCUCAAUUAAAAUAUGAUCCCCCGAGUUACAGUCGCCCCCCUCAUUCCAUGUAUUCUGUCACACCUCCGUCCACAGCUGAAAUUCUGAGAACAGAUAAUUCACACACUCAUCCCCAAAACCAGUCUUACCUGAGUCAGCAACAUCCGAAUACUCCAGUUACACCUGAAUAUGGUCGGAGAACAGGCUACAAUACAAGUCAAGCUGACCACGUGAAUUCAUCCUUAACCUCCAGUAACUUGUCUUCCAUGGUUUAUAAUUCCUCCCCUUACAAACAGACUACCCCCUCCAGUGUUCAUACAGACAAUACAAGCCAGCCGUCCAGUGUGUUUACAGGGAGCUCUCCCAAGUCUCAUAACAAUGCACGAAACGUUAAUGCCCGGUUAUUCAGCCCACAUCAAGCAGGUGACUAUUCUAGACUUUCUAACCAGGAAAAUGUUUCGCUUAACAGUUCUGGAUAUACCCCAAACAGGAGUAUGGAGAAUAAAAACUUACCGGUACUCUAUAACACAAGUGAACCGCCUGGCAGGGGAAAUCAAAACAAUACCUCAUAUAACCACAGACAGUUACAAGGAAGGGGGGACCAGGAGAGACCCCCGCACUAUGACCCACGAGGGCGUCUCAGUAGAAGACAACAUGAAAACUCCCCAUACAGUGACAGGGGUCAGUUAACGGGGAGGGGUGGAGUAGACCCACCCUAUCAUCAGGGGAGAUCACCCAGCAAGGCCAGUCAGAAUUACUCAUCAUACAAUGGCUUCACUGGAAUUCAGUCACCGACUGACCACACCAGCGCAAAUAGUUCACACAAUACUUCACAGUUUCAUUCCUCUUGGCUUGGUUAUCAACAAUCUCCCUCAUAUUCAUCACCAAGGAAACCGCCUCAUCCUCAUCCUCAAGCAUCUCAACGAUCAGGAUUCAGCAUCCCUUCACAGAGAAGCUUGAAUCAUUCUGCUGUAGAAGCUAGCUCCCUGAGGCCAGUCUAUCGAAAUCCACAAAGACAUGAUCUGGUCACAGAAAUAUGAGUGGCUUGAUAUUAUAUGCAUGUUUUGCAGCAGAAACCAUUUAUCUGUGUGAAUUUACCCUUGCUUGCUAUUGAGAAGAAAUGUUCAGUACACAUUUGCAUGAAAAUGGGGUGUCAGUUCAUUUUAGCUCCUUGUAUAUAUUAUGAAUUCCAUUUUACUUUGGUAAAUAAAAUCUACCUAUCUUGAUUAUUUGUGAUUAUGCACAAGUGCAAUACCAUGAGUGUUUCAGUCUUUGUUCAAUUUAUACCUGCAUUUCUGCAUUCAUUGAAAUCUUUGCAUCUUUUAAAUCUACCUAAUAUUUAAAAUUGAUAGAAUGAUACAAUGCAAUAAAGGGUUUAAAUCUAGAUAAUUUUCUUUAAAAGUGAUUUGUUGACAAUUGGAGUAUAAAUAUACAUGUAAUACACUUGUAGAGUAUUGUUAUUAAGAGAGAAGAUAAAUGUUGCAGCAUUGAGAAAUUAAAGAUCAUUUUUACUUAAAAUAUUUAAACUACACUUUAAAAUUUUGUUUUGUUUAAUCUCUUCAUGUAUCGAAAAACAUUUGCAUGUCAUUUCAAAUGAAUGUCUUACUCUGGGGGAAAAAUAAUGUUGGCAAAGAUAUUCUAAAAUUCAAUAUGUCAGUGCUUUGAACUAGUGCUUUAAGUUCCAAUAUAUUCCUUUCUGCAUUUACAGUUGACAUUAACAUUGUACAAUGUAUGUGUUUGGUUUAAACAAGAUACAUCUUGACUUUUGUGUACAUUCUUAAUCUGAUUAUUUAUAUAUUUAUAUAUGGAGUUCAUAUGAUAUUUCACAUGUAAUAUUUUUGUUUUAUAUUUUUGGGGAAUACUUAAUAAAAAUUUUACUGAUGUU